GCCAUCACCCUGCGCGAGGCAGGAUGGCGAAGGCCGCAGUAGGCAGCGGCCUUCUGCUGCUCCGCGAGCAAUGCCGGCGCUGCGCCCACAGGGAAGGUGCAGAAGGGAAAUGGGGCUUGCAAUCCAUAUGCUCCCCUUCCAGAUUUUGUAGCACCAGAAUAACUUUGGAUGACAUCAACAAGCCAGUUAUUGACCGAAUAAUCAGAGUGGAUCAUGCAGGUGAAUAUGGGGCAAAUCGCAUUUAUGCAGGUCAAAUGGCUGUGUUAAGCCGAAGUUCAGUAGGACCAGUUAUUCGUCAAAUGUGGGAUCAGGAAAAGGACCAUUUGAAAAAAAUGAAGGAGUUGGUGAUUUUGUACAGAGUCCGCCCGACCGUUUUGUUGCCCCUGUGGAACAUUGCUGGGUUUAUGUUAGGGGUGGGCACAGCUUUACUUGGGAAACAAGCUGCUAUGGCCUGCACAGUAGCUGUAGAAGAAAGUAUCGCUGUGCAUUAUAACAACCAGAUCAGGACUCUCCUAGAAGAAGACCCAGAGAAGUACAAGGAGUUAUUAGAG